AUGGGCCUUCGAUACUCAGAUGGUGACUCACCGCUGUGCUCUGGUGUGACAGGGGAGAAUGAGGUUCCCUCCGAGGACGCGCUAGUCCUACACCUGCAGCUGGCCAAGGGGCAGGAGAAGCUGGUGGAGGCGCUGCAGAACCAGCAGACCGUGAUCCGGGAGCUCCAGCGGACGCUGGUGGAACAGCAGGGCACCCUCAUCAGCCAGCAGCAAGAGAUCGUGGAGCAGCAGAGGCGCAUGUCUGAGCAGAUGGAGUUGGUGAAGGUGCAGUAUGGUGUGCUCUUUGAGGCUGUAAAGCGUGCCUCCCUCCAGAGCCUCCAGGGAGAUGUUCAGGACUUCUUUGAGAGCCACCUGCAGGGCCUCCAGGACCAGGUGCGCACCCACCUGCACAAGUCGUAUGCUGUGCACAAGGUGGACGUGGACGCCAAGGUGAUGGACGUGGGAUCGCCCAUGCUGCGGAACUGUGGUGUUUGCAGACAGGAGGAGUACUGUGACUUCCAAAGGGACCCCCCUCGGUGCGAAAGGUGCACCAUGUGUCCGCCGGGAUUUUUCCUCGUGUCCCAGUGCUCCCAGAAUGCAGACCGCAUAUGUCAGGACAGAGAUGAGUGUCUUGAAAUACCGAACCUUUGUGGGGAGCGUGUGAAAUGCCUUAAUACACCAGGUGGGUUCCGGUGCUUGGGGCUCUCCGAGAGGGACGCCUCUGCCGGGCUGUGCGGACAUGAGUACUUCUACAACAGGGAGCUCGAGGAGUGUCAGGCGUGCUCCGACUGCGAAGGCCAACCCAUCGCUCAGCCCUGCUCUGCGGCAAGUGACGUUGUGUGUGGCUCCCUCUCCGAGAACAUGCUGUCGCAUGCGUGGGGCGCGGCGGUCACACUGCCCCCUGCCGGGGCAUCCAGCAGCCACAUGCACCCGGGCGUGCAGCUGCACGUGCAGGGUAAGGAGGACAGCGACCUGCUGUCUACCGAGGACGGCCGACUAGUGUUCCUGCAGCACGGCCUGAUCUGGGCCGACCACAACUUCGCCCUGAAGCACAGCUGCCGGAACUUUCUCCAGAUCUACAUGAAGCUGAACACCAGCGAGGAGGGCGUGGAUCUCAGCGGCGUGCGCAUCGAGCAGCCUGACGGGAAGUACUUCCAGAGCGUUAGCAUGAGCGCCGUGGCGGAGGUGGAGCCCAGCUACAUGCUGUCCCUGUUCUUGAAGAGCCCCAACCACUACUGCAACCAGAGCAAGGACCUCCACGUCUAUGAGCUCAGCACACCCUUCAGCCUCUUCUGGCUCUCCCACGACACGGGCGCCGUGGCCAUGACGGCACACACGUCGACGUCGGUGCAGUACCAAACCAACUACCGCCCGGCCUUCAAGGUGAUGUCGGUGUCGGACCCCUAUGUGGUGAGCCUGACCCACGACGGCCGUGGGGUGAGGUUCACUGAGAGCGGCGUGGUAAAGUUCAUGUUCCAGCAGGCUGUAUAUGCCAUGGGACACACCUGUGUUCGCGAGGGCUUCUCCUUGGUGGCGUACCUGAACAGGAACGGAACCAACUCGGAGCUCACGCAGACGUACAAAGCGGGGGUCAACUACCGGGACACAUCCGUCUCGCUGACGGCUGCCACCGUGGUUGGUGCUGGGGACACGCUUAGCUUCGAGAUUUUUUCUCCAGCACAGUGCAACGUAAGGUACUUCGGCGACAGCUCUGGGAUCAGCGUGCUGAGCCUCCUCUGGAUGCCCUCGGCCGUCUCCUCCUGCCUGUCAGCGACCGUGUCCAGAGCGGGCCUCCCCUCCGGGGCCGUGCGGAACAAGGCCUUGCAUUUCCACCGGGCGACUCCCGGUGUGGAGCAAGUGGAGCUGGUGGGCUCUGGACAGCUAGCUCGCAGGAACUUCAUCUUCCGCGAGAGCGGCGUGGCCAGCGUGAGCCUCAGCCUGAAGCUGAUCCAUUCCUGCAACGCGCUUAAGCUCACGUUGCACAAGCAAGGCGCCGACAGGCCGCAGCCAGCCGCCGUGGCCCAGCAGGUGGGCGGACAGAUGCCCGAGGGCACCGAGUGGGUCAGCGUGGGCCUGAGGGCUUCCUUCGAGGUCCACAACAGCACCAUGAUCUUCGUCACCGUGGACUGCGUGCGCGGCCGCGUCAACCAGAUCGCUGCGGAGGGUUCUACCAACAUCUCCAUCUUAUGGGUUGCCUCGUGAUCCUAGGGUGGUCGGCCAGCGGAGGAAACAGUUUUGCACAAAGAACAACUUUUGAUUGACAUUAUAUGAAAGAAGCACAUGUGUAUUAUUAGAAAAAUUAAGAGCAUAUAUGCAACAUAAUGUAAGGUUUUCAAUAUUCUCAUUCUGAU